CACCUUUGUGCCAGGAGAAAUAAUUUUACAAGUACAACACAGAUGAUCAUUUAUCCAGUAGGUACUACCUUUUUACCGGUCAUAAUCUGUUGCGCAUUGUCGUUGUCCUUUUUCGCUACGUUGUUGUCUUUUAGUUAUUGGUUGUCCUACAAGCUUCAUCUUUACUCUGCUUCGUCGUAGCUUCGUCUUUUCUAUUUGAAAAGCUUCGAUAAAAUGGAGGGUUUUUUCCGGCAGAAUCCCAAGAAGCGCAAGUCCGCCGCCGCGGAUGUGGAGGCCGUGUUGAAGCAGUUUUGCUGCGAAGAAGUCCAAAAAGAGUACCGCAUGUGCAGGAACGAGCUGGAGAAGGAAGCCUUUCGCGAGGGGUUUCUGGGGUCCCUCGAGGGCUCGCUGACGACGAUCAUGCCCCAGUUACUGGACGAGGCACGAGUCCACGGAGAGAAGCACAUGGGGAAAUUGCUGGCCAAGAGCGAGCAAGUCCUGCAAAGUGACGCGCUGCUCGCGAAGUUAUUUCAAGACCGAGGGCUGGCAGACUUGCGGGGUACGCGAUUCUGGGAGGAAAAAAUAAAGCCCGGCGUGGUCCGGUGGGGCCUGUCCAACCUCGGAAUGAGUCCCUUGAUGGUGCACAAUUUCUUUAUGCAGCACCAGUUCUUGCCCGGUUUGGAGCAGCACCGGCCCGACAAGAACGAUGGCACGAUGUUCGAGUACCAGGCCUCCAGCAGCACGGUCAAGAAGAAGGACGCCGAUAACGGUUCGACCGCACUCCUGGACUGGGUGAGUUUGGAGCCGAUGCCAAUCAAGGAGCUGCGGCUGUUUCAAACCCACACGGGCUAUUUUCUUAACGUGACCAUUGUCGGGCAACCGGCAUUGGAAACGGCCGUGCGCACCGUGAUCCAGGACGACGCCGGCGGGCAGGCGACGACGGUGUUCUACAACUGCAUGGGUGGUGCCAUCACGCCUUCCACCUCCAAGUGGGACGGACAGAAAAUGGUGGAGCAGCGGUUUGCGGUGGGCACGAAGCUCCAGAUCGCCAACCCGUUCUACAAGAUCGGUGCCGGGGGUGCGCGGGCCAUCCGGGUCGACGACCCCCGGGAGGUGAAGUUCCUCUCCAGUGCCGUGAAUCCCUCCUCCAUCCGCGUGGACGCCGAGAAAGCGAGAGGAAACGCCGAGUUCGCGAAGGGCGCCUUUGACGCCGCACGGGAAAUCUACCAGAACGCGCUCGCAGCGACGGAGCUGGAUCUGCAAGUCAGUCUUCUGAACAACCGGGCUUUCAUGUUUCUCAACGAGCAAAACUUCGGUAACGCGCUACUCGAUGCGGCAGCCGUGAUGUACCUGCGCCCGGACAACGAGAAGGCGUGGCACCGCUACAUUUCUGCACUCGAGGGACUGCAGAAGGGGGCGUCGCAUCUGGUAGAGCAAGUGACUCUGGCGCGCGACGCGGCCUUCGCGGAAGUCAAGAAACCGAAGAACGCCGGCGCUCAUAAAGAAGCGAAGCAAUUCGCUCCUGAAAGUAGGGCGGCCGAGCCAGCAGCUGCGUCGUCUACGUCCGCAUCAACUGCCUCUUCGCACUGCCGUCUCCGGCUUUUCUCGCAAGAGCAGCGCGCGAUUUAUGAACAGCUUUUGACAGAAGUUGUUGUUCCGGCGCUGCUGAGCAGCACAACUACAUCAGGUUCAGAGGCUGCAAAAGAGACCGUCACCUUUUCUCUUGAUCGUGGAAACAAGUGCAACGAGCAAGGGAAAUCGCUCUUCCGUGAGAAGAAGUGGGCCGCUGCACGAACCAUGUUCACCGAAGGCCUACUGGUACUGAACGCUGACGGCUCCUCGCAACCUCUGGCUGCGAUUCUCGGCAACUUGACGACUUGCGCACUGCGUACGGGCCGCAGCGCAGAGGGUCUCGCGCUUUCGCUCAUCACGCUGAGGCUCUUUGGCGCGGCGGCGCACUGUGCUCCGGAGGGCAAGCAGUGCGCCAUACGCAACAAGGCACUGAUGCGCGUUGUGUCCUCCCUUGUGAACCUCGGCGAGGAGGAGUGGGUAGCCGCGUUCUGGAGUCAGGUGGAGCCAAACAUAACCUCCUUUGGCGGAGAGGAGGGGUUCUUGAAGAAGGCCUACCAGGAGGAGACCCAAUUCCUCCGCUGUUUGAACACCUUCGAUGACCGUCCGCUGGCCGCGAAGAGACUGACAACCACCGACCUUUUUCCGUAUUUCGCAAGCGACGCUUGCAACCUGAACACGGUGCGGACCUGCGACUGGAUCCAUCCGGACAUUGAGCUGCGUGACACCGGCGGCAGCAAGGGACGAGGGGUGUUCGCGAAGACGACUCUCCAAAGGGGCACGGCCCUCAUGGUCUGCAAGCCAGAUCCGGGGCUGCUCGCGGCAGGCGAAAAACUCGCUGUCAACAAGAGCAGAACCGUCGUGAUCGAGGCAAAGGGCGACGGGGUCCUGCGGUCCCCAACGCAGAAGCAGAUCCAGCAGCAAAUGUUUGCCCGUGUCCAAGAUGACUUGGCGCUGGCAUGGCGGCUACACCAAUUGUACGAUGGGUCCAAAAACUUUUACGAGAAACUUCGCGCCAGCCCCGCUGAAAUCGAAACUUCCGAAAAUGACGGAGUCAAGGGCGCGGACGGUCUGACCCUCUUUACGCAUUGCCUGCCGCCUAUCGUUUUUCCAGUGUUACCCCCGAGCCAAAAGUUCGUCGCGACUUCCGUCCGUGCCACUCUGGCUGGACUUUCCGAAACGCGCUUGGGCGGAAUUCUCACCAUGAACGAGUUUGGCAGCCAGGAGAAUGGUGCUCACAACAAGAUCCUCGAGGGGCACACGGUUCUCCACGUACAAAUCUCCAUGUUCAACCACUCCCUCGACAAGUUAAAUGUCGGGUUCCUCGACAUCGAAGGGAGAAGAAAAACGCCCAACUGCCCAACGGUGAUGUACCUCGAACAGGACGUCUCCGCUGGCGACGAACUCUUCAUCGCCUACACGAAUGACAGGUCAACGGAGCGAGCGUGGAUUGCGGCUUAGGGCCGCAAGACAUUUUGGCAAAGAAAAAUUACAACGCCAUCGUGCGGAAAAUAUGGAAUGAAUAUGAAAAAGAUGAACUGACAUACAUUUACUUACAUUGGUCUCAAUCCAACAAGCGAACAAUGGACCUUGGCACUCGUCGCAUCAGAAAUUCCAACGCAGUUGUAGAUGUCCAAAGGUAGAAAAAGAAAUUCAAAUUUGCUGCCGC